AUGUCGAAGCUCAAAACUAUUGCUUUUGGCAAGAAUUCUUUGGAAGGAGUGAUUUCAGAAACUCAUUUCUCAAAACUCUCCAAAUUACAGGUUUUGGAUCUAUCUUCUAACUCCCUAGUUUUAGACAUCCAUGCUGAUUGGAUUCCUCCUUUUGCGGAUCGAUUCUUCUUAGUGUCUUGGACUUGUCAUUUAACAACAUGUCUGGCAAAAUUCCCAUCAAGACUCAGCUCCAAGGCUUUGAUCCCUCUGUUUAUGCUGGAAAUCCUCAACUCUGUGGACCUCCAAGGCUUUGAUCUCUCUGUUUAUGCUGGAAAUCCUCAACUCUGUGGACCUCCACUUAAAAAGAUGUGUGGUGAUCAAAAUGUGCAAACUGACUUGAGCAAUCAAGAGGAUGAUAAGGAUGAGGUUAUUACACUGGGAUUUUACAUCAGUAUGGGGCUUGGGUUUGCUGCUGAAUUUUUGGGAGUUUGCGGCACUUUGAUAUUCAAGAGGUCAUGA